GAAACCAACUGUCAGUGUGUUUGCAAUGUUUCGGUAUUCAGAUUGGCUUGAUAAGUUGUACAUGGUGCUGGGAACUUUGGCUGCUAUUGUCCAUGGAGCUGCCCUCCCCGCCAUGAUGCUGGUGUUUGGAGACAUGACAGAUACCUUUGCAAAUUUUGAAAACUUAAUCCCAGAAAACUUUACAGGUGGAGCUGACUUUAAACUGAACAUCAGUCUGGAGGAAGAAAUGACCACGUAUGCCUAUUAUUAUAGUGGAAUCGGUGCUGGUGUGCUUGUUGCUGCUUAUAUUCAGGUUUCAUUUUGGUGCAUGGCCGCUGGAAGACAAGUCCACAAAAUUAGAAAACAGUUUUUUCAUGCUAUAAUGAAGCAGGAGAUAGGCUGGUUUGAUGUGCAUGAUGUUGGCGAGCUUAAUACCCGGCUCACAGAUGAUAUCUCCAAGAUUAAUGAAGGAAUUGGUGACAAAAUUGGAAUGUUAUUUCAGUCACUGGCAACAUUUUUCACUGGUUAUAUAAUAGGAUUUACACGUGGUUGGAAGCUAACCCUUGUGAUUUUGUCCAUCAGCCCUGUUCUUGGACUGUCAGCUGCUCUCUGGGCAAAGAUAUUAUCAUCCUUUACUGAUAAAGAACUCUUGGCAUAUGCAAAGGCUGGAGCAGUAGCUGAAGAAGUCUUAGCAGCCAUUAGAACUGUGAUUGCAUUUGGAGGACAAAAUAAAGAACUUGAAAGGUAUAAUAAAAAUUUAGAAGAAGCUAAAAGAAUUGGAAUAAAAAAAGCUAUCACAGCCAACAUUUCUAUGGGUGCUGCUUUUUUGCUGAUCUAUGCAUCAUAUGCACUGGCAUUCUGGUAUGGGACUUCCUUGGUCCUCACAAAGGAGUAUACUAUUGGAAAAGUGCUCACUGUCUUCUUUGCUGUGUUAAUUGGAGCUUUCAGUAUUGGACAGGCAUCUCCCAACAUUGAAGCACUUGCAAAUGCAAGAGGAGCUGCUUAUGAAGUCUUUAAGAUAAUUGAUAAUAAACCAAGCAUUGACAGCUUCUCGAUGAGUGGGCACAAACCAGACAAUAUUAAGGGAAAUUUGGAAUUCAAAAAUGUUCACUUCAGUUAUCCAUCUCGAAAAGAAGUUAAGAUCUUGAAGGGCCUCAACCUGAAGGUGGAGAGUGGGCAGACAGUAGCCCUUGUUGGGAACAGUGGCUGUGGGAAAAGCACAACGGUCCAGCUGCUGCAGAGGCUCUAUGACCCCACUGAGGGAGUGAUCAGUAUUGACGGGCAGGACAUUAGGACAAUAAAUGUAAGAUACCUGCGGGAAAUCAUUGGUGUGGUGAGCCAGGAACCUGUGUUAUUUGCCACCACAAUAGCGGAAAACAUUCGCUAUGGUCGUGAAGAUGUCACCAUGGAUGAGAUUAAGAAAGCCGUCAAGGAAGCCAAUGCUUAUGACUUUAUCAUGAAACUGCCUCAUAAAUUUGACACCCUGGUUGGAGAAAGGGGUGCUCAGCUGAGUGGGGGCCAGAAACAGAGAAUCGCCAUUGCCCGUGCCCUUGUCCGCAACCCUAAGAUCCUCCUGCUGGAUGAGGCCACGUCAGCCUUGGACACAGAAAGUGAAGCAGUGGUUCAGGUGGCUCUGGAUAAGGCCAGAGAAGGCCGGACCACCAUUGUGGUAGCUCACCGUUUGUCCACAGUUCGUAAUGCUGAUGUCAUCGCUGGUUUUGAUGAUGGAGUCAUAGUGGAGAAAGGAAAUCAUGAUGAACUCAUGAAAGAGAAAGGUGUUUACUUCAAACUUGUCACAAUGCAGACAGGAGGAAAUGAAAUUGAAUUAGAAAAUGAAGUUGGUGAAUCCAAAAUUGACAUUGAUGUCUUCCAUAUGCCUUCAAAAGAUUCAGGAUCCAGUAUAAUAAGAAGAAAAUCAACUCUCAAGAGUGUCCAAGGACCACAAGGCCAAGACAAAAAAGAGGAUGAAAAUGUACCUCUAGUUUCCUUUUGGAGGAUUCUAAAGCUGAAUUUAACUGAAUGGCCUUAUUUUGUGGUUGGUGUAUUUUGUUCUAUUAUAAAUGGAGGCCUGCAGCCAGCAUUUUCAAUAAUAUUAUCAAGGAUUAUAGGGGUAUUUACAAAAAAUAAUGAUCCUGAAAUACAACGACAGAACAGUAACAUAUUUUCGCUGUUGUUUCUAAUCCUAGGAAUCGUUUCUUUUGUAACAUUUUUCCUUCAGGGCUUCACAUUUGGCAAAGCUGGAGAGAUCCUCACCAAGAGACUCCGAUACAUGGUUUUCAGGUCCAUGCUGAGACAGGAYGUGAGCUGGUUUGAUGACCCUAAAAACACCACUGGAGCAUUGACAACCAGGCUUGCCAAUGAUGCUGCUCAAGUGAAAGGGGCUAUAGGCUCCAGGCUUUCUGUAAUUACCCAGAAUAUAGCAAAUCUUGGGACAGGAAUUAUCAUAUCCUUAAUCUAUGGCUGGCAGUUAACACUUCUACUCUUAGCAAUUGUACCCAUCAUUGCAAUAGCAGGAGUUGUUGAGAUGAAAAUGUUGUCUGGACAAGCACUAAAAGAUAAGAAAGAACUAGAAGGUUCUGGAAAGAUCGCUACUGAAGCAAUAGAAAACUUCCGCACUGUUGUUUCUUUGACUCAGGAGCAGAAGUUUGAGAAUAUGUAUGCACAGAGUUUGCAUAUACCAUACAGAAACUCUUUGAGGAAAGCACACAUCUUUGGAAUCACAUUUUCCUUCACCCAGGCAAUGAUGUAUUUUUCCUAUGCUGCUUGUUUCCGGUUUGGUGCCUUCUUGGUAGAAAGGGGAGACAUGGAAUUUGAAAAUGUUCUGUUGGUAUUUUCAGCUAUUGUCUUUGGUGCCAUGGCUGUUGGGCAGGUCAGUUCAUUUGCUCCUGACUAUACCAAAGCCAAAGUGUCAGCAUCCCAUAUCAUCAUGAUCAUUGAGAAAAUCCCAGCGAUUGACAGCUAUAGCACGGAAGGCCUAAAGCCACCUAUGCUGGAAGGAAAUGUGACAUUUGAUGAAGUCAUGUUCAACUAUCCCACGAGACCAAACAUCCCAGUUCUCCAGGGGCUGAGCCUCCAGGUAAAGAAGGGCGAGACACUGGCCCUGGUGGGCAGCAGUGGCUGUGGGAAGAGCACGGUUGUCCAGCUUCUCGAGCGGUUCUACGACCCCUUGGCCGGGACAGUGCUACUGGACGGCAAAGAUAUAAAGCAACUGAAUGUCCAGUGGCUUCGAGCACACCUGGGCAUUGUGUCCCAGGAGCCCAUCCUGUUUGACUGCAGUAUUGGAGAGAACAUCGCCUACGGGGACAACAGCCGGGUCGUGUCACAGGAAGAGAUCGUGAGAGCAGCCAAGGAGGCCAACAUACACAACUUCAUUGAAUCACUGCCUGAUAAAUACAACACCAGAGUCGGAGACAAAGGAACUCAGCUCUCUGGUGGGCAGAAGCAGCGCAUUGCCAUAGCUCGAGCCCUUGUGAGACAGCCACACAUUUUGCUUUUGGAUGAGGCCACAUCAGCUCUGGACACAGAAAGUGAAAAGGUUGUCCAGGAAGCCCUGGACAAAGCCAGAGAAGGCCGCACCUGCAUUGUGAUCGCUCACCGCCUGUCCACCAUCCAGAAUGCAGACAUGAUCGUGGUGUUUCAGAACGGCAAGGUCAAGGAGCAUGGCACACAUCAACAGCUGCUGGCACAGAAAGGCAUUUAUUUUUCAAUGGUCAGUGUCCAGGCUGGAGCAAAGCGCUAGUGAACUGUGACCAUAUGAGAUGUUAAAUAUUUUUUUAAUAUAUAUUUUUUAAAUAUGGCAUUUAAUCAAAUUUACAAAGCAAGUGCUUAUUGGAACAUGUACUUAUCUGUUUAACAUUUUCUUCCACAAUUGAACAUUAUUUCAUCAAGUUCAGAAUCUUCAGAGACAUUACAAUUACAGGAAGAUAAAUAGAAACAACAUCAUCAAAUACGGGGUGGGGUGCAGAUAAUGGUUUUAAUUGCAUUCUAGAAUUUAUAAAAGGA